UUUAUUCAGGCCGGGGGAGGCAGACAGAGUUUCUUUACCUAUUUAACAGAUAACGGUCAGUCAGUCACUACACAGAGAGAAACCAGUCCAUAAGGGACAGUGCAGAUCCUCUUCAUUCCCCAGAAGCAGCUCCAGGAACGUCCAUGUUGUGGGAAUAAUGAACAGAAACAGGAUUUGCGUUCUUUUCGCCCUGACGUGGCUCUUCUACACGGGCUCACUAGGCCAGGGGGACACCAGGCUUCAGUGUGAUGAUAAAUCUGUGCAGGACAUCGUGGAACUGGCCCUUUUACAGCAUAACAAGAACGUAACUGAAAGUAAUCAACUGGCUCUGUAUCAGAUCGUGGAGGCUACAAAGGCCAAGAAUGAAACUGAGGAAACUGUAUCCGUGCGAUUCACAGCCAGGGAGUCUGACUGUCCAGCAGGUGGAGACAAGCUGUGGCAUCAGUGUGACUACCUGCAGGACUCACUUAAACCACUCUAUUACUGUAACACACAAGUCCUGGUCAAAGAAACAAAUGAGAUCACCUCACAUGAAUGUUCAGUGGAUCCACCUAUAGUGCCUGUUGAGCGUCCCCCGUGUUUGGGUUGCCCCAUAAAGAUUGAUGUGGAGAGCGAGGAUCUGAGAGAAUCUCUGAGUUAUUCUCUCGCCAAAGCCAACCUGAUGCACAACCACCAGCACUUCUUCGUCCUCAACUCUGUCGGCUCUGCAACAAAGCAGGUCAUUGCUGGAUUCAGGUACCGUUUGCGGUUUGACAUGCAAAAGAGUAACUGCACCAAAUCAGAAUUUAAAGAAGUUACUGAGGAAUGUCAUCCUGAUGAGGAGAAGCUCUUCAUCAACUGCAACUCCACUGUUGAUGUAGCUCCAUGGAGGCACGAGAUGCCAGAGACGAAUGUGCAGUGUGGAUCAGGACCUUUACCCCCAACGGGAUUUUCUGUAAGGAGACGUCCUCCUGGCUGGUCUCCUCUGAGGAACAUCCACAACUUUGCAGUCGUGACUCCAGUUAAGCCACCAAAGAAGGACGAAUCCUCAGAGGAAUGCCCAGAAGGCAAAGCUCCCGCCGUGGUUGUUAAAGAAGGCCAAGAUAAACCUCCACGUCCAGUUCCCCCACCAAAACCCCGCCAGGAGCCCACAGCCGCCCCUACGCCUCCUCCUUCCUGCCCCAGCAAACCCUGGAAGGAGUUCAACCCAGUCAUUGCCACCAGCCCUCCUCCUCCCUCAAACAACACAGAGUCAGUGUAAUAAACACAGAAUCUGCAGGUGGUUAACAGUCCAAUGUCAGAUGCAUUCUUUUAUGGAGUAGUGAAUAAAGUAUUGUCAUUUCCUUUAACAUUUUAAACAUAAUAUUACCACAGUGACAGGUGGUAGUUAUUAAGUUUGUCUAAAUAAAAAUUCAUACACUCAACUCAUUCAGAUUCUGGAGACUCGGCACAUGUAGAUAUGUAAUCCUCAAAUAAAACCAUUUUAAAUGCCUAAACCAA